AUGGUGGAGCCUCCUAUACGGGAUAUGGAAGCCUGGGUGAACCGGUCUCAAGACGAGCGCAAGCUAGAGGUGAACGCCAAGAAUGGGGAGAUUCCUCGCCCAAUGAAUUCCUUCAUGCUGUACCGAUCAGCGUACAUUGCUCGGAUCAAGUCUAUGCUCGGCAGGAACUGCAACCAGAACGUUUCACGCGUCGCCGGGCUCAGCUGGAAGGCGGAAAGUAAAGAAGUCCGGGCCCAUUUUGAGAAGUUGGCCAUCAUUGAGCGCCAGAACCAUGCCAUUUCCCACCCCGGAUACAAGUUCAAGCCGAACAAAGCCGCAGUGACACCUCCGAGGAGGCCCGAUGGGUUAAGUCCCCCCCAAUUGUCGAACACGCCUGCAGCUUCGAUUCGGGCCGUCUCGGUGGACUGGGACGAGAAGUAUAAGCGCGAGAGCACGCCCGGUCUCAUGCACAGUCGAACGGAGGGUUACGAUUUUGGCCCCAUUCCCAGUAGCCGAGAAACGACACCCUUCGGAACACCCGAUUCAAUGCUUACGACCACAUACCUUGGAUAUAUGAGCCAUCCGUGGAGCAACACUAGCUAUCCAUGCAACGGCUUACCCAUGGCAGAGACACACGUGGAGGAUGUGUAUUUCCCGCAGGCUAGCCAGGCCACCGAGGACACCUCAUUCAGCAACAACGGGUUGACGGGACUCCCAGGGGCCACGCACGAGCUUCUUCAGCCUCAGCCCACUCAUGUAGUGCCCAGUCACAUCGUCAACGGUCAUCUGGAUCCCCAGCUACUGAGCUGUCCAGGGGAGGGAAGCGGGCUUCCCUUCGUAUACAGCCCUCCUACGCCACCUGCCAACCCUUACCGUGUGUUUGCUGAAGAAGGUUGUUUCUUACCAGCUACAUACUCUGCAGCUCCCAGCCCUGUUCCCCUUUCGAAGUCAUUGCCUACUUCUGCUCCAAUGCAGCGUGAGCCGUCCUGGGACGUGAAGUACCAAGACCAUGACGGAAUGGACUCUUGGAUCAACAACUCGAAUUCAGAAUAUUGA